AACAAAGAUGGCGGCAGGAACCAGCAAUUACUGGGAAGAUCUCAGGAAACAGGCUCGACAGCUGGAAAAUGAACUUGACCUGAAACUAGUUUCCUUCAGUAAACUAUGUACAAGUUACAGUCACAGUAGUUCCCGAGAUGGAAGACGCGACAGGUAUAGUUCUGACACAACACCCCUUUUAAAUGGAUCAAGCCAAGACAGAAUGUUUGAGACAAUGGCAAUUGAGAUUGAACAGCUUUUGGCAAGGCUUACAGGGGUAAAUGAUAAAAUGGCAGAAUAUACCAACAGUGCAGGUGUCCCUUCCUUGAAUGCGGCACUGAUGCAUACAUUACAGCGACACAGAGACAUAUUGCAGGAUUAUACUCAUGAAUUUCAUAAAACCAAAGCAAACUUUAUGGCAAUACGGGAAAGGGAGAAUCUCAUGGGAUCAGUACGAAAGGAUAUUGAGUCAUAUAAAAGUGGGUCCGGAGUAAACAACAGAAGAACUGAACUGUUUUUAAAAGAACAUGACCACCUUCGAAACUCAGAUCGUCUGAUAGAAGAGACAAUAAGCAUUGCUAUGGCAACAAAAGAAAAUAUGACUUCACAGAGAGGAAUGUUAAAGUCAAUUCACAGCAAAAUGAACACUUUGGCCAAUCGUUUUCCUGCUGUGAACAGCCUGAUCCAGAGGAUCAACCUUAGGAAACGGCGCGACUCGCUCAUCUUGGGUGGUGUUAUUGGUAUCUGUACCAUCCUAUUGCUGCUGUAUGCUUUUCAUUGAUGGAACAUUCCAGGGACUCUUGACAGCCACCAUUUUCAUGCCCUGAUCUGGAAUAAGGAAAACUAGGAGGGAGAAAUUGUCCCGAUAAUUAGCCUGACCAGCAGGAUGAAUUCGAGACUAAUAGUGAUGGACUCUGUGACAGUCAGGUUGAGCUGAAGCCACAGUUUUUCUGUGCUAUCUUUUCUAACAUAUAUUUCCCUGUUUUUAGUUUUAAAAAAAGUUUUCAGUUGAUUUUGUCUCCCUCAGAGGUAAGUAAACCAAUCAAAAGCAGAGUUUCUGUGCUUCAGUGAUAAUGUUGAAGCCUGAUGACAAGCUGGACUCUUCAGAAAACCAGGUUUCUCUGUAUCCAAAGACUGUUUUUCUUUCAGCCACCAGAUUGGGUUGUGAAUAAAAAUAAUUCUUGUUCUUUUAUUUUACAUUCAUGAUGAGAAAUCACAAGGCCUUUCUUGAUAAUUUGUGCUAUAGAUUUCUACUCUGUGUUCCCAACUUUUUUUGGUAUUCAAGGAAAAUUCCAUUUUUCACAAAUUCUUUGAGAUGCUGAUAGGCCAACUUCAGCAUGUUUGAGAUUGUCUAAAACAGAACAGUGCAAAUAAAGCGCUUUUUUUUUUUUUUUUUUUGCUGUCCUUUACAGGGAUUGAAUCCUGGACCUUGGUGUUUUUAGCACCACUCUAACCAACUGAGCUAAAUGGGCAGCUUGUUUUUAUUUUUUAGUUCUUCCAUUGGAUUAAUAUUUGCUACUACAAGAAUAGCCAAUGUCUGUCAAUGCCCCUAACUGUUCCUCAUCAUAUCUGGUAGCUGAGUGAGGGGACUGCUCAAUUUUCAGUGAGAUUUAUUCAAAUAGCCACGUGUAAAAAGGCAUUACUGUCCAGAUAAGUCCAUUUGUGAAUGCUCUAUGACUUAUAAGCAAAAGUUUAAGAACUACUGCCUGAUGUACCAGGAAUUCUGUGUUCUAUGAAAAUGUAUUCAUUCCAAAUCUGUUAAGCUUUUCCAAACAUCCAGAGAAUGGUUUCACUGUUGAAGGUGUAUGUGACAGAAUCUCUCUCUCUGCACCUCUUCUAUUAUCAUCGCCACACAUUGACAAAACUUUAAACCACCCACCAGAAUUCUUUUUAUGUUUAACCAUUUCUCAGUUUCUGUAAAUUCAUCAUUUGUCUUACUGAGCUACCACGUAGUUUGAAGACUUCCAACAUCUACACUCCUCACAGAGAAAGAAGGCUGCUCUUUACCACUGGAAUUUACUAUGGUGUUUAUACCAUUGGCUUCAAACUGUGCCACAGGGAAUAAAAGGAUAAAUGAAAGGAUAUUAGCAUGUAGUUCUUACCUACAUAAAGGUGUGUAGAUGCUGUUGUUCACGUGAACUUGAUAUACAGGCUGGGUAAACUAACACCCAGUCUGGUACAGAGGUUGAGAAGUUUUUCAUUCUGGUGUCAAAGUUUUAUUACAUUCUGGGUUUGAAGGGCAUUUGAUAUAUUUUUCUUAGCUAUGGGGUUUAUUUUUCUAAAUAUGGGCUGAUUGAUCAGUUUGUUGAUUGGGGAUGCCCUUAAAAGAGAGUUAAGUUUUCCCAGUGUGAACUGUAAAGGAUCAGGGAAGUAAGUUCAUUUAUUAAAUUCUCUGUUGAGAAAACAAAACUUCUUUCCCCUGACACUCUAUUAUCUUUGAUUUUUCAAAGGGCCUUGAUCAGUGGUUGUGCCUCGGCGAGAAUUUAUGGGAAUUUGGUUGCUAUAUAGUUGGCAUUUAUAAAAUCUGAAGUAUCAUAAAUAAAGUUAUUUAUUUAAUUAUA